AUGCUCGUGGGCACGGACAGGAACGUCGUCGCGGCUCUGAACCUCCGCACGGGGUAUAUCGCAUGGCGCCGUGUGCUAGGGGACAAGGACACCCUCCAUGCGCUGGAUAUGGGCGGCAGAUACCUCGUCACACUGUCUGGCACCGAGGCAGCAGCAGUGCGGGCAUGGGCUGUCCCUGAUGGGACCCUCGCAUGGGAAACCAUGUUGCCACUGCCUUCCGCUGCAACAGGAGGGGCCGUGACUGCCAAAUUUGUCACCAUUUCGGCCACUGACGGCUCAUCACCAGACCGAGUGGUGGUCCUUCUUGGGUCAGCACCAGCAGCAAACUCAGCUGAACCAGCAGCCACAUCAGCAGAAGCAGCAGCAGCAGCCGCAUCGGAGGUGCAUUGUUUGUCGGCUGCUACGGGCGAGGUGCUCUGGUCAGCUACCCUGCCAACCCAAGCCCACACCAUCUCCCUCCUCCCACACAACUCCAUCCUCCUCACCAGCCUCUCCCCCUCCCUCUCCUUCUCCCUCACCACUCUCGAUGUUGCCUCUGGCAAAAUCACUGCCUCUGCCGCCUCUCCUCCUUCCUCCUCCUCCUCCUCCUCUUCCUCCUCUGCUACCUUUCAUGGUCCUGUUGCUGCAUAUGUCACGGCGACUGGCACUGCUGUGGCUGUGGAUUCGGCUUCUGGUAACAUCCUCACUGCUGCCUUGGUUACGGCAGAUGCUACCGCCGCUACAGUGCAAGAGCACAGUACCCCCCUCGACUCUCUCUUACCCAAGGAGCACUACCAGCCAGGAGCCAUUGUUGCUGUGGUGCCAGAGAAAGCUCCAGGAAGCUUCUUCUGGCUGUCUGUGCCAGGAGCUGUGUUCCUUCUUUCAGCAGGGGCGGCAGACGGGCAGGCUGGGUCAGCUGGACAGGUGUCGCUGGUUGAUUCUUUCCCUGGGUUGAGCGCUGUUAGUGCGAGCGUCGUGGGGGGAACAGCAGGGGCAACAGGAGGAGGAGGAGCAGGAGGAGGAGGAGGGGAGGGAGGGGAAGGGGGGAGUUUCUAUUCGGGACUUGUGGGGUCGCAAGGCAGUGGUGAUACCCUGAAGUUCCACAUGCAGCAGGGCGAGGUGGUGUGGGAGAGGGAGGAAGCCCUAGCAUCAGUAGUAGCAGUGACAAUAGCAGAGCUACCGGAGGAGGAGGAGGAGCUGUCAGUGGCAGCAGUGGAGCAUGACAUCUACGAGUGGGCUCGCACGCACCUGCUCAGAGCCAAGGUCUCUCUCAAUCUCGGCUCAGCUGAGGAGCAGGCUUUGGUGCAUCGCCUGCGCACCGCCUCCCCUGAAAAGAUCAAGCCUUUCCGGGAUAGGAAUGGUUUUCGGCGCAUUCUCCUGCUGCUGACCGCGCCAGGUGGGGGUAACAGAGGGGCAGGUGGAGGCAACAGAGCGUCAGGUGGAAACAGCAGAGGCGGGAUCGGGAAGCUGUUUGCGUUGCAUUCAGGGGAUGGUCGGGUGCUUUGGGCUGCUGCACUGCCGUCAGGUGGUUCUUCAGGUAAAAGGGGCGCAUCUGUGUUGUCACCUGAAGCGCUGGUGCUGUGGAGGGACCCCCACCGCACGUCACCUGACCAAACACCUGAAGCUCUGGUGCUGCAGAUCAGGGAGCAGAAACAGAAGCAGGAGCAGGAGGAGGAGGUUAGUGAGGUCGCUCAUGCGGCAUUAGUGACCAUAGUGAAUGGGCAUACGGGAGAUGUGCUUGAAUCGAAGGGCCUGCCCUUUGUGCCCCGUCUUGUUGCCCCCUUGCCCCUGGUGGGAAAAGAUGAGCGGCGGCUGGUGAUGCUGGUUGAAAAGGUAGAGAGGAACGAAGAGGAGCAGAAAGAGGGAGCAGCGGGGAAGGAGGGGAAGGAGGAGACAGAUGGGAAAGAGAAGGGAGGUGCAGCGGCAGGGGGAGGGGGGAAGGCGAGGUGGUAUGAGCCUGUGCGAGUGCAUGUGUUCCCAGGGACGGAGGAGGCCAGGGGUCUGUUUGAUGGGCACAAGAAGGAGGUGUUCUUUUACCUGGUGGACGCUGUAACGGGGGCUGUGGAGGGGUAUAGCAUUGGAGAGAGGGUGGAGGAGGAGGGAGGAAGUGGGAGUGGUGGGAGGAGCGAUGGUGGGAGGUUGGGAGGGGGAGUGGUGUAUGGAGCAGUGCUGGUGUGGCGGGUGGUGUUGCCUGCUGAUUCCGAGGUCAUUGCAGCCAUUGCUGCGCCUAAGAGAGAGGAGUCCCAGCACACACAAGUACGAGCCCUCGGCGACCGCAGCGUGCAGUUCAAGCUGCUUUCCAAGAACCUUCUCUUCCUCGCCACCACCACGCCUCCCGCCGCCACCGCUGCCUCUGCUUCUGCGUCUGCAGGCGCAGCAGGGGCGGGAGGGGAGGAGGGGGGAGCGGUGGUGGUGUAUCUGGUUGACACGGUGGGAGGGCAGGUGUUGGAGAGGGUGGUUCAUGCAGGCAUGCAGGGACCCGUGCACGCUGGAGGAGCGGUGGUGGUGUAUCUGGUUGACACGGUGGGAGGGCAGGUGGUGGAGAGGGUGGUGCAUGCAGGCAUACAGGGACCCGUGCACGCUGUCAUGGCAGAGAACUGGGUGGUAUACCAUUACUUCAACCCUGCCGCCUCUCGUUACGAAGUCUCCACUAUAGAGCUCCUCGAUACCUCUCUUAAGGACGUCCCCGUCAUAGACUACCUUAAAUACGGCCUCAGCAUCCCAGGAACGUCCAACCUCACUGCACCGCUUUCUGCCGCAGAAAUUCCCUGGGGAAGGGUGAAGCGGCUGAGGCAGAGUUACUACUUCCCCUACGCAUUGAGGUGUAUUUCAGUGACAUCCACCCUCGCGGGGAUUACUAACAAGCAUGUGCUCUUUGGCACGGCGCUUGAUCAGAUCUUGGCUCUCGACCGUCGAUUCCUGGAUCCUCGCAGGGUGCCUGAGCCGUCACAGCAGGACAAGGAGGCGGGCAUUAUGCCUUAUAGUGACUCGUUGCCUGCUCCGGGGCAGGCUUAUCUCACCCAUCGCUACCGUAUCGAGGGUCUGAGGCACAUUCUCUCCUUCCCCACGCGCCUGGAGUCCACCACCCUCGUGCUAGCUCACGGGCUGGACCUCUUCUUUGUUCGCACUGCUCCGUCUCGGGUGUUUGACUCCCUCGGGGAAGACUUCAGCUUUGCGCUGCUGCUGGGCACGAUCGCUGUGCUGUCGAUCGCGAUUGUGGUCACUUGGGGGCUGUCGAGGAAGCAGGAGCUGAAGCAGCGGUGGAA